AAAACUUGGCGUUUUCUUGUCAAAACAUCCACAUUUAGUCAGCUGAUAAAGCCAUCAAAACUGACAACUACUGUGUUUAUAGCUAGCUGCAACAUUUCACACGAACAGAGAUACAGUUAGGUUAGCUGGCGAACGUUAGUUUAUCGAGUCCUUUGUUUUGACAAAGAACUAGCGUUUUCUCCCUUGACAUAUUGGAAACGCGCGUGACACUUUGUUUUUUGUGAAAUGGCUCCCCAGAAGCAUGGGUCUUCUGGAGGAGGUCACAUUGGUUCGGGCCAAAGUUAUGGCACCAAUACCGGAAAAGCCAAUGGCAGUGUGUACCACUCCUCUGCUGUGGUGAUGGCCGCAGCCAAGAAGCCCAAGAUGGAACACGUUCAAGCCGACCAUGAGCUCUUCUUGCAGGCCUUCGAAAAGCCAACUCAAAUCUACAGGUUUCUUAGAACCAGGAACUUGAUAGCACCCAUAUUCUUGCACAGAACUCUCACUUACAUGUCCCAUAGACACUCAAGAACAAAUGCCAAGAGGAAUUGCUCCAAAGUGGAUGACCUGCUGUUCAAAGUGGAGAAGAUGAGGGGCGAGCAGGAGACGCACAGCUUGGCCUCUCACCUGCAACUCACCUUCACCGGCUUCUUCCACGAACUUGAAAAGCCAUCGCAGGACUCUGAGAAUGAGCAGAACUCUGUGUCUUUAGAGGUGCUACUGGUUAAAGUCUGCCACAAGAAGAGAAAGGAUGUGAGCUGCCCAGUGAAGCAGGUCCCCACGGGGCAGAAGCAGGUCCCACUAAACCCGGACCCCAGCAAGCCGGCCAGCUGCCCCUCUCUGAUGGUCUCAAGCAGCGAGUUUGAGGCCAGCAACAGCCACAUGAUCAAGUCUUAUUCCCUGCUGUUCAGGGUGUCGCGGCCGGGCUCCACCCACCGCGGCCAGCUCAACGGACUGGGCCGUGCCGAGGGCACUAACGAAAACAUAGACUUUACAGAGGAGCUGCCAAACAGGAAGAAAAGAAUGUCUUCUCUCAGGGACGAGGGAGAGAUGACAUUUGUGGCUCAGAUGACUGUGUUUGAUAAGAACAGGUGUGAUGCUGAAUUCCACACACGUCCCAGACGGCGUCUGCAGCUGCUGGAUGGGGAGUAUGAGGUGUCUAUGCAGGAGAUGGAAGUGUGUCCUGUUAACAAGAAGAGGGCUACCUGGGAGACCAUCCUUGAUGGAAAGUGCCUGCCUCCGUUCGAGACCUUUUCCCAAGGUCCCACGCUGCAGUUCACGCUGCGCUGGACUGGCGAGGCAAGAGGCCGCUCCACGGCGCCCGUGGCCAAGCCCCUCGCUACACGCAACUCAGACUGUGCCAGCGCUGCCGCCAGUGAGCCCAGACCGGGAACUGUCAGACCGUCCCACAUGCUAGUACUGAAGGAGCCUCUGAGUAGCGACGUACAGACCAGGAGAGAGAACAUCUCAAUGGAGACUCAGCAGAAGCUGCGCAUAUUCUACCAGUUCCUGUACAAUAACAACACGAGGCAGCAGACUGAGGCCAGGGAUGACCUCCACUGUCCCUGGUGCACCCUAAACUGCAGGAAGCUCUACAGCCUGCUGAAGCACCUCAAACUCUCGCACAGCCGCUUCAUCUUCAACUAUGUGCCCCAUCCAAAGGGCGCCCGGGUAGACGUGUCCAUCAACGAGUGCUACGACGGUUCGUACGUGGGCAACCCCCAGGACGUCCACAGCCAGCCUGGCUUCGCCUUCAGCAGAAAUGGGCCCGUCAAGAGGACCGCCGUCACACAUGUCUUCGUCUGCAGGCCCAGGCGGGUGCGCCCCAGCCUGAUCGAGUUCCUGGAGCCCGAGGACGGCGAGGCAGAGCAGCAGAGGACCUACGUGAGCGGACACAACCGUCUGUACUUCCGCAGCGACAGCUGCGUGCCCCGCUGGCCCCAGGAGAUGGAGGUGGACAGCGAGGACGAACGGGACCCCGCCUGGCUGCGGGAGAAGACGGCCACGCAAAUUGAGGAGUUUACAGACGUGAACGAGGGGGAGAAGGAGAUCAUGAAGCUGUGGAACCUACACAUCAUGAAGCAUGGUUAUAUAGCGGACAACCAGAUGAAGCAAGCGUGCCUGCAGUUUGUGGAAUGCUACGGCCCCUACCUGACCCAUAGGAGCCUGUGCGGUAACUUUCUGCUCCACCUGGUGAGCAUGCACGACUUCAACCUGGUCAGCACAGCCACCAUCGACCAGGCCAUGGCCCGCCUGAGGCAGAUCCAGGCCCAGCAGGAGAGGGAUGGAGACGGGGAGGGCGACGGUUCAGCUGGGGAGGGGGCAGAGGAGGAAGAGAAGGAGGGCGGAGACAUAGAGGAAUGGGAGACAGCGGUCGAGGACAUCGAUUCGCAGCCUGAGUCGGCGGAGUACGCCAGCUGCAGUGACGACAAGGGCAGCAGCGGGUGCUUGGUGGCCGGCCGGAAUGGUGGUGGCGCAGAGGACAAUCCUGGAACUGUCACCGCUGACACAGAGUGGCAGAGCAAAAGGCUGACUCUUUGAGGCCCCCCCCAUAGGAGGAACUGUAGUGGUAGCUGAUUGGUUGGGGGAUGGAGGGAAGAGUGGACAAGUGGGGAGAGAGGAUAGUUCCAAAAAGCCGCACUGAGACAUAGUUGACAGGCCAGAACUUGGAAUGUUAAGUACACACACACUGGUUACAACAGGGUUAUGUCAGGAUAAAUAAAAAAUAUAUAUAUAUAUAUACAUAUACAUAUGGCCACAUAUCACAUCAUAAGUCCCCUAGUUUCUGCCCUUGGCUAAACUUUAGUUGUCCUUUAAUCAACAUCAUUCAGCACUUUCUCAGGUGCCUGUUUUGGAUUUGAUACUGCAGUUAAUUUAAUAUAGAGUUUGGAUGUAAAAGGCAUUUAUCAUGAUUGUUUUGUAAGGGGAGUCUUUGAGGGGUUCUUACAACUCGGAAGACUUGUUUAAAAGUAUUUCUGUCUAGUUUUGUUGGCCAUUUUGGCCCCCAAAAUGAUUUUGUACUGACAUCUAGCUCUUGGGAAGUGUUGUUCUCAUGAAGGUCAUUGGCUCUUUGAUGAGUUUGCAAGCCUCGUUCAGAGUAUCCAAACACUUUACUGGUCAGCCUGCUGUGCUCCUCCCACACCCCAAGGCUAGCCUAUCCGGCAGGUACAACUAGUCAGAAGAAGCGUCUCUCAUUUCAGUCAGUUGUCUGCAUAGAUACAUUAAAUAUGAUCGCAUAUCAGUUUAGGUGGAGCACCAAUUGUCAGAAACAGAGCUAGUGGAUCAGCAUCAGGUCAUUGGAUCCAAGUUCUGAUCUCCACCAUCAAAUGGUUGAAUGACUGACCUGAGGUCAACCGCUAGGGAGGACUGUCUUGGCCUACCAGUACAGCCUGUCUAUCUACACCCCCCACCCCCACUAACCCCAGUGAGGUGUAUACAGUCAUCCACCACUCACGGACUGGGACUGGGCCAUUAUCUGGGGGUCAGUGACAUAGGGGUCUGGGUUUUUCCUACUACAGAUCAAACUGGUACUAGAUCCAGACUCUCCAGCAAACACUGAAGGCAAGUCAAGAGGUCUCACCAGAAACCUGGUCAACAUUGCAUGAACUUAUGUUUUCUUAAAUUAAAUUUUUUUGAAUAACAUUUUCUUUUUGUAGUUUUUUUUGUCAUGUCAUUCCUUUGACCCCUGAUCUGAAAAUUUGAAUUUAAGGAUGGAUUGGAGUAGGGCUGCAACAACGAAUCGAUUAAAAUCGAUUAUUAAAAGCGUUGGCAACGAAUUUCAUUAUUGAUUCGUUGUGUCGCGCGAUUAUUACGCCAUUCAAUAUGUCGCGGAGAUGUUUGAGUAUUAAAAAAAAAAAGUUUAGUUGAGCGCGGAGCGGAGGUAGAGGAAAGGCCAUCGGAGAGACGUUGUUGAGUAACGUUGUUCUGAAACACAUGGCGGAGGCAGAGAAAUCAGUACGACCCAAGUCAUCCAAAGUGUGGGAGCAUUUCACACUAAAUUCAUCGAAACAGUGUGUUAAUUGACCGAGGUGAAGUUAGUUUCAUAUUCGACAUUCGUCUCACAUUCGGAAGACGCUACUUUGCAGCAUCGCGUUAGGGACCGGGUGAAAACAACCCAUACCAUUUUGAAAAAUGAGUAUGAGUAGACUUUUAUAAUAUUUUUUGGAAUAUAAAACCUCAGACCCCAGAGUAUCUUAACAAUGUCUGGUAUACUUCCACAGCCUUUACUUUUUCAAUUAGGUUUAAAAUAAAAUGAUAGAAAAUCACUAAUCUUUGAAAAUAGCUUAAUCCUCGCAAAUCGGAUUUUUUUUCAAAAUUGUGUCAAAAAAUCUUAAAUAUACACCAGAUUAUUCUAAUAAAGUCUGGCCUACUUCCACAACCUUUCAAUUUUCAUUAAAGUUUUCAAGUUCAUCUUGAAAAUAGCAUUAAAUCCACGCUAAUAUUAAUAACUUUUUCAAAAUUUUGUGCCUGUUUGUGCACAUUCUGAAGAUUUUUUGCACUCUGAAUUUGCACUGUCAGUUCAGUUUUUGAAUAAAGGGUUGGAAAUUAAUGCUUUUUUGUUUUUGUUUUUUGAUCCGAUUAAUCGGAAAAAGAAUCGACAGAUUAAUCGAUUAUUAAAAUAAUCGUUAGUUGCAGCCCUAGAUUGGAGUGUUCGUGAAGAUGAGCCACUUGUUAUAAUGUUAGUUUACAGAUCAAAGGGGAUGAAUUUUCUGCCGUUAUCUUUUUCUUUCUUGUUGGUGACAAAGAUCUGGUUUUGAAUACGAUGUACACCAGUAUUCAUUUGAUGUUUGUCUGAUGCUGUCAAAAUGUAUCAGGUUUAGUUCCUGUGAACACCAAGACAUUUCCUGCUUUAACUGACUCCAGGCGAGAACAUAAUUUGCUUUUGUCUCUGUGGGAUUAAGAAGGGUUUUCAGAGCCAAGUUUAGUUUGUCUGACCAUUUUAUUAAUAAUAAAAAAUGAGCC